GCCAAAAGGGGAUCGCAGCCAAGCCGCUGUCGCCUCCACUGACGACGGGCAGGAUGACAGAUGCAAGGCAGAGAAGGCUCAUGAAGGAGAUCAGAGACUGCGCAAGGGAUGCGAGCACUUCCGGCAUCACCAUACGAUUAGCAGGCGCAGAUCUCGACGAGGAUCCCGGAUCCGCUUUGGCGUCGGGCGGCGACAUCUCCCAUCUCAUCGGCGUCUUCAAAGGUCCAGAAAGCUCGCCCUAUGAGGGAGGCAUCUUUGAAGUGGAUAUUGUCGUGCCGCCCACUUAUCCGUUCCAGCCACUCAAGAUGAAGUUCAUUACAAAGACCUACCAUCCCAAUGUCAGCUCACAAAGCGGCGCCAUCUGUCUCGACAUCCUCAAAGAUGCGUGGACGCCCGUACUGACGCUCAAAACGGCGCUUGUCUCGCUACAAAGCUUGCUAUGCUCGCCGGAGCCAAACGAUCCACAAGACGCCGAAGUAGCCAAAGUAUUCCUCACAGAUCGCAAGCAGUUCGAUGACACUGCCAAAUACUGGACAACCGUUUACGCGGGGGGCGAUCGAGCUGCAAAGAGCAAAUUAGGGCCAGACGGCAAGCCUGUAGCGCUAGACGAGAUCCAGCUCAAUGGUCUCAGCCAUGAGCACGUCAAGCAGUUCGUCGAUAUGGGCUUUGAGCAAACGAGAGUCAUUCAGACUCUGGCCAAGGUCAACUACCGCGGCAACAAUGCGACGAACAUCCCUGACGACACGAUUCUCACGGCCCUGCUCGAGUAGAUCUACGCAAAGUUAAAUGCCAUCCUUGUUGUACCAACGCGCAAUCUACAUCGAAUCUGUC